UGUGGGACCCCUGAUGUACAGGAAGACAGGACUUCAGUGAGGAACAUUUCCCUCACUCAGGACAGGAAAGUGGCUUCUCCCCGUGGGUGAGAUCUCUGAUGUGUGUAAAGAUGGGACUUGUCUGAAAAACAUUUCCCACACUCAGGACAGGAAUACGGCUUCACUCCUGUGACAGGAAUACGGCUUCUCCCCCCUGUGUGAGAUCUCUGAUGUGUGUAAAGAUGGACUUCAUGUGAAAAAAACAUUUCCCGCACACAGGACAGGAAUAUGGCUUUUCCCCCGUGUGAGAUCUCUGAUGUGUGUAAAGAUUGUAUUUUCCUUGAAAAACAUUUCCACACUCAGAACAGCAAAGUGGCUUCUCUGCCCGUGUGUGAGAUCUUUGAUGUAUGGAAAGACAGGACUUCUGUGAAAAACAUUUCCCGCACUCAGGACAAGAAUACGGCUUCUCCCCCGUGUGAGAUCUCUGAUGUGUUAAAAGUUUUGAUUUUUCUACAAAACAUUUCCCACAUUCAAGGCAAGAAUAUGGCUUCUCCCCCUGUGAGAUCUCUGAUGUCUGUAAAAGUAGGAAAUAUGUGAAAAACAUUUCCCACACUCAGCACAGCAAUGCAGCUUCUCCCCCGUAUGAGAUAUCUGGUGUGUGUAAAGAUAGGACUUCUGUGAAAACAAUAUUUCCCGCACUCAGAGACAGGAAAGUGGCUUCUCCCCCGUGUGUGA